GCCCCGAAAUAAAAGUGCGAAUACCGUAACCACAGCAAACAACGCAUAAUAAGUGACUGCUUCGCCAGUAAAAUGAACUUGCAUUGAGUGUUUUUACUUUGAAAUCAUUUAUUAUUGCUUAUAAUUAUAUUCAGUUAUAGAUAAGCAUCCGCAAAACAAGAAAUCCAUCUAAAAGUAACCUGUUUUACAUGUAGGUUUUUGCAGUUAAGUGCAUUUUUCGCUGAAGUCUGUUUGACCAGUCGACUGGAUAACGUCGAUAAACGUCAACGAACAACUGAUUACUGAACCGGCAAGAUGAGCGUGAAAAGUGUUAUAAGCGAGAUGGAAUGGGACGGUGGGAUGAAGGUUCCCGUAGCCAACCAAGAGAAUAAGAUGCUCGAAGAAGAGGUCCAGCACAAGCAACAGGAUGUAGUCAGAUAUCAAGCUGAGCUCUCUGAGCAUGAGGAUCGGGUGUUUGCAAUGUCUGAACAUAUGAAGAAUGUGCAACAAGAACUCAAUCAGACUCAGGCUUUGAAUCGAGCUCGAGGCAGAGAGUUGGAGACAGAGAAACACAUGAUGUUGGUAGCUCAACGUGAGUGUGGACGCUUGAAACAGGAGAUCCAACGACUGGAAAAUGAUCUGGCUGAUAUCAAGGAACGCAGGAAUAUUCAUGAGAACACCAUCUUCAAGAACACUCAGAAGUUAGAGGAGCUGAAGUCACAGUUGAAUUGGGAUCAGCAGGCAUUAGAGGCUUGGCUGGAGGAAUCCGCCAGGAAAGAUGAAGACUCCAUGACAUUAACCAAGUAUACUCAGAUGGAUGAUGCUAAAAUCAAGGAAUUGUCACUGCGUAUGGAACGUAUGACUGACGAAAGCCAUAAGAAGAGGAAACAACUAGACCAUGAGAUGACAGAAACACUGACUGCACAGUUGGAGUUGGAUAAGACAGCUGAAGAGUUUCGCAAGGCACACAAUGAUCGUCAAGAGUUGAUCCGACAGUGGGAGGCAACUAUUGAACAGAUGCAGAGACGAGAUAAGGAGAUGGAUAUGCUAGCUGAUAAUCUGACGCAAGUGAAGGCAGAAGUGUUUGAGCAUGAGAACAAUGUGAAGGAGAAGCAACAAUUCCUAGAGAAUGAGAUUGAAAACAACCAGGAACAACAGAAGAAGUUGCAAGGGACAGAUCGGGCAGCAGCUAAGCUACGACUAGACUACAGAGAUGCAGAGACACAACGCAUUCAGUUUCAGGAUGAGCUUGAAACUUUGAAGUUUACUGUGGCCAGAACAGCAACAGACCUGGAGGGUAUGAGACGACAGGUCAAUGACUUGAAGAAAGAUGUGGAUGACAAGAAGAACAGGGUAGAGGAUGCUAAGGAUCAUCGUCAAGAACUGUCGGCCAAACUCAAAGCCAUCACAGAUGCCUCCUUGUCAGCAGAGGAGAGAGCUGCCAUGAUGGACAGUAUCCUGAAAGAUGAAGAGACUAGUCUUCAUCUGUUAGACCAGGAGCUGAAGAGACUGCGAGACCUCCAGUAUAAGAAGGCUCAGGAGCUCUUUGAAGCCAAGACGACUGAGAAGAACACUCUGGCUGAGAUCCAAGGCUCUAGGGCAGCUAGCAGGAACCUGAGUAGUCGCAUCAACAAGCUAGACCAUGACUCCCUCAAGCAACAAGAGAUUAUCUACAAUCAGGAUUUCACUGUUCAGCAGUUGGAGCGUCGUAUUGCUCGCAUCCAGGGAGAGCGUAGUACUGAGGAGAUGGAUCAACUGAAUGCUCGUAUCAAGGAACUGACUGCUGUACUGGAGGAAAGAACUAAUACCUACCAGCUAGUCAAUACUCAGCUCAAACGACUCCAGGAUGACAUACGCCGAGUGAAGCGAGAUUUGGACAAGAGUGGUACAGAGAAAGCUGACCUGACCAGUAAGAUAGAGGAACUCAACCUGCAUAAUGAUAGCUCUCAGAGAGAACUAAGACGCAUCAAACUCAAGAAACAGGACCAAAUGGUAGAGGAGAAUAUCUUGAAGUUGGAGAUCAAGCGUUUGAGAGACCAGCUGAAUUCUCGUGCUGAUGAUGUCUUCUCCUUGGAGAAUCGUAGACUACAACUGGAAACGGCAAUGAAAGAACGCCACAAUGAGAUAGGAAUUCAUAAGGAGAUGUUGCAAGCGCAACUAAAGGGAGCUGAAGAGGAACGUGGCACUGUUAGCGCUGAGCUGCAUGAACGCAUUACAAAGAUUGACAAGCUACGCAAGAGAUAUGAAAUCUUGAUGGUUUCCAUGGCUCCACCUGAAGGUGAAGAGGACAGGUCUCAGGCAUAUUAUGUCAUCAGGGCAGCACAGGAGAAGGAGGAGUUGCAACGUAAAGGGGAUGAGCUAGAUGCUAAGAUCCGUAAAGCAGAGAAAGAGAUCAAAGCAUUGGAGAAUACACUAAGACUGAUGAACGGACGCAAUGAGACAUAUCGCAAGAGCUUCAACAGGGUGACUGAAUCUAGUGAAGAAUUUGAGGAGAAGCAGCGAUUAGAUGAACAGCUGCGUGCAGCCAUGGAUAAAUACAAGUAUAAGAGACGGCAGAUCAGGGAGUUGCAGGAUGACCUACAGACUAUGAGUAAUACUAUGGAGAACUUGCUGCGAGAUCAGAAGGCAUAUGAAGAAAUGGUGGAAGAGAAAGAGAACAAGCAGCAUCAGAUGAUACGAGAGCAUGAAGAGCAGAAAGCUAAGAUUGAGAGAGUCUCUAAGCAGAUGGCUCGUUAUGCCAGGGAAGUACGGACAGCUAAGAAGGUUAAAGGAGAAUCUCAUGAAGAGAAAGAUUUUGGAUUGCGUGAGCUGAGAGACUUCAACAAGAAUAUCAGCAAGCAGAUUGGUGAUGUCAUCCACAGUCAUCCCGAUGUCAUCCCUACCACACACAUGCUUUUCUCACAGGCUGGUUUGCAAGUACCUCCUACACCAACAGGCAGUGCUAGAGGUUACUCCAGGCCUGGCUCAGCAUAUAGUGCACGCAGCAGUGCAAGCCUUGGAUCACCUAAGACCCCCUCCUCAGUGCGUAGUAGCCCAUCUAGUCGUGCCAGCAGUAAUGGAGCCAUACACACAGUAGAUCUAGGUGGUCUUCAGUCACCUCAGCAAGGUAGCCCAGGUAGAUCAGGCUCACGGCCAGCUACUGGAGGUAGUCAGGGCAGUGUGCGUAGUGGGCGGAGCAGUAGGCGCUAAGCAAGCCUGCCAUUGGACAGAAAUGUCCCAGGGUACAUGUCGAUAAUUGAACAAGGUCCUGAAGAUUACUUGGAAUAACUUUGCCAGUCUUUAAUAAUAAUAAUAAUAACAGGCAUUUAUAUAGUGCUUUUACAACGCAACGGGGUAUCAAAGCGCUUUACAAUUAUUAUUUUCCCUGUUUCAACGAGCAAACACUCCUGAAACCUUCUCGACUCCCUAGGGAGCAUACAUGGCCAGUAGGCAGCCAUUUCAGCACCCUUGGCCGUAAUCAACCUCUCACAGUCACCAACACUGCCCUCACAGGUACCCAUUUACUCCUGGGUGGAGAGAAGAAAUGGGUGACAAAGUGCCUUGCCCAAGGGCACACGCACCAUAACCCCAGGCUGGACUCAAACCCACAACCUGCAGGAUUACCCACGGACCACAAAUUGAAUGCUCCAGCCACUAGGCCACAGCACUCCACUGUGGAAGGGAAAACAACAUGGUAAAGUGGGGGAGUCAUGGUGGAUAUUACUAUCAGCCAUACGUACUGGAAGGGAAAACAACAUGGUAAAGUGGGGGAGUCAUGGUGGAUAUUACUAUCAGCCAUACGUACUGGAGAUAAAAACUGAACAUUUUGUUUAAAUUGAUAAGAUUGUAAAUGCGUCUAGCCCAUUCAUCUGUAAGUGCACAGUUUUGAUAAGAACGGGGCCAAUGAAAACACACAGGCUUGGCUUCAUGCAAACAGAGUGCUAUUUAUUAGGAUUCAAAAAAAAAUAUUGAAAUUCUUGCAGAAAAUACUUUUCACUCUUUAUUAUAUCAGUACUUGUUAAACACAUGUACGUAAAUACAACUGUUACAACAAACAAAACAGACUCUAGAUAUUCUUGUUAGUGAUCAGAGAAAAAGUAUUCAUUUUAACUUGAUUCCAUUUGGUAAAAUAGAAAGGUACCAUAAAUGUAGUAAUUGACAUAUUGGAUAAUAAAUAACUUUCUUUGCUACACAUUUAAAGAUAAAACUGUUCAAUUCCAUUGAAUGAAAAACAUGUACCAAUUCUAACUGUAAAUGUACAUUUAUUGAAGUUUGUGUAUUUCUUUGUAAUUUAAAUUGUUUCAUUUGUAAAUAGAGAUGUUUUCUAACUACAUACAUAUUUGAUGUGCAGUUAAGGAAUGUAUAGAUACAUGUAUAAGGUUUAUAAAUGCGACUAAUUUGCGUGAUUCUGAGCAUGUAGUAUACCACUCCAAUGGAUCCACUUAGACACGAUAGUAUCUGAACUAGCUUCCAAAUAAUAGAUACAGGAGUUGACUCAGACUGUAUGGUUACAAAAUUAAAGAAUUUGGCAC